AUCGGUAACUACAUCGAUUGAUUUCAGCUUCUUUCGCCAACUUCAUUGUUUUAUUUUUAAGUUAAGCAACACUUGCUAUACUUACGGGAAAGGGAAUAAUGGAACUGAGUUAGUCGUCGAACAGGUCAGACUCGACUCGGAAAACAUGGCUGGCAUUUGUCCCCGGGAGGCGGUUCGGGUGAAAGUGAAGAAAUGCGAACCGACUUCUGCACGACCAGAGUGGCGGAAGUUCUCCGUGGACCCACAGAUCACCACGCUGGAGGUGCUCUAUUCCCUGCUGGCCAAGGCCUUUGACGUCAAGUCUGAUUUCUCAAUCAAGUACAAGGCCUUUGACCCGGCGGGCAACGAGAUCUACCUGGCCGUGCGCUCUGACUGGGAUCUGGAUGCCGCCUUCCUGCGGAUCCACAACAUAUCCAUUCAGACGGCCUCGGAGCCGUGCCUCAUCCUGCAGAUCGACGUCAAGCCGUUUACGGUGGUCAGGGAAUGCGAGAGGGAUAUGGCCUCCCCGGGUAAACCCUCCUCGGGAUCGGGUGCACCUGGUCCCACAUCUGCCGCUCCUACAGCACCCGCUCGCGAGUUGAUGUCACCAUUGCAGUCCUUAGGAGUCUCCCAGAAGUACGUGCAGCACAUGCAAACCAAACUGGGCAGCUCCAUCUUGAACCAGAUGGAGAAGACCUUCUCCAUCGUGCAGAAAGCGUUCAACCUGUCGGAGGAGCACAUGGCCAAUCUGCCGCCACGACCGCCUAUGUGUGACAGCGAGUUCCGGCUGUUUCUGGACGCUCUGGGCCAGAUUCAACGUAAGGACGAGCUGCAUAGGGUCAUAUUUCUGGGCGGCAUUGAUCCCAGUUUGCGGCGUGUGGUGUGGAAACAUCUACUCAACGUUUAUCCCGGAGGCGCUAAUGGGCUGGCCCUUGAUGGGCACCAGCGGAUGGAGUUCAUGCGUCGCAAGUCUGAGCAGUACUGCCGACUGAGGGACACCUGGAAGGCGGCCGUUAAGCGAGGCAGUGUGGCCGGCGAGCUCGCCUACGUGACCAGCAUGGUGAAGAAAGAUGUGCUGCGCACGGACCGCCUGCAUCCAUUUUAUGCAGGCAGCGAUGACAAUCAGAACAUCGCGGCGCUCUUCAAUAUCCUCACCACAUAUGCACUCAACCAUCCAACAGUAUCCUAUUGCCAGGGCAUGUCGGACAUUGCCUCACCCCUUCUUGUCACCAUGAACGACGAGGCGCAGGCCUAUAUUUGCUUCUGUGCCAUAAUGGCACGAGUGCGCGGCAACUUCAUGCUUGACGGUAUUGCGAUGACACAGAAGUUUGCCCAUCUGACGGAGGCACUGAGCUUCUAUGAUCCAGAGUUCUGGGAGUACCUCAAGUCGCAGCAGGCGGACGAUCUACUCUUCUGCUACCGUUGGCUGCUGCUGGAGCUUAAGCGGGAGUUUCCUUUCGAGGAUGCGCUGCGCAUGCUGGAGGUGCAGUGGAGUUCGCUGCGCUACCGGAGCGGCGGGGAGAAUGAGCUGCCACUCUUCGAAAAGGAAUUCGUACCCAUUACGGAUGGAUCCAUGCCCAACAGCGCCAGCACCUUCUCCAGCUCGUAUAGCGCCACGCCGACCAGUCCAUCCUAUCUGCUGACCAAGCCGCGCGAGAAUCCCUAUACCAAGGUGUGCGCGCUGCGCCGACAGAGUUCAUCAGCCUCUCUGAGCUCACUUAGUUCAUCGUUGGGGACCGGUCAUGCCCUAGACAAUACGAAACGCUUAAAUCACAGCCUAGACGACAAUAUGUCGCGCCAUGCGACCGCCGCUGCUCGUCGGCAGAGACGAACUUCUUCCAAGGUCCAUCAGAGCCUGGACGAGACGAAGAUGUUGGCCCUGAUUGAGGGCGCCAUGGAUAACACGAAUAUCAAGUUGGCGCAGGAAUUGUCCGGCGGCGAGGAAACCGAAGAUGAUGAUGUAUUUGAUAGGAAGGAAUCGCCCAGCUUUCUGGAAACCAACCCGUUUAAGGAUGAUGCCCAGAGAGCGCCAGAAAAUGGAAACGACGCAACACCUCCUGUCUCGCCAGGUCGAGCCUUUCUGUGCAGUUCGUCCUCAUCGAAUCUGGAUGAGGACUCUAGAGAGAGGAUGUCUAAGGUGCAGCCCAAUAAUAUCCUGACCGUGAGUAACAUUAUCGCCAAACAGCUUGCUACGAAUGCCAGCCAAGUGAGCGAAAGUAUGAAGCGAGUGAGCACCUCCAGUGGUGGCCACUUCAAGGAUCUCAAAGAAAAGCUGGCAGCAACCAGUCGCAUCGGGCUGUCCUUUGAUGGGGAAAGGGAUGACGAUGGCGAGCGGAAGAUGCCGCCAAAGCUUGUGAAAAACUUUAAUGAAUUCCUCAAUUUUGCAACUAUUAAUAAGAAUCGUAUAUCCGAUCGUUUUGCCACUCAGCCGCAACAGGCAACAGCAUCGACUUCGGUCACUAAACCGCUGGUUCAGCUAAGCAAAAGCGGACUGGGUGGCUCCCAGGACGAAUCCGAUUCCUCAUCGCAGCCGGAGACCAGCUGGAGUGCAUCCACAGCCGCGACGGCCAUUCAGCAGGCACAAGACUUGAGCAGCUAUAACCUGCAGCUGGAUUUGGAGAGCAAUCAUCUGUGCGAGCCGGACGAUUCAAACACACCGGAUCAGGACCCCGACCAGGAGUACUACCCCAUGACGACGGCCAUGACUCGAGAGCUGCGCUUGGAGGCCGAAAAUCUAGAUCGUCAGGUUUUCGGACUGCCUUUUACGGAGAGCGAGAGGCGGGAUGACAUAGAGUACGAGAAGCUGGAUAAGGACGCUCUGGAUUUAGUGGAGGAUCUCAAGGAGAACGAGAUCAUAACCUGUCCCGAUGUCAGCGAGCUACAUAUGCGACGUCGUCAGCGACUGGCGGCCAAGAGCAACAGCGUCCAGCAAAGCGAGUCGCAUGCCUUUAAUCCUUUCAUCGACGAAAGCCAACUUCUCAUGGAUGGGCACAAUCCACUGGGAAUGCGCAACAGCAGCAGUUUGCCGGAAGUCAUCCUGCCCAUUUCCACUGAGCCCAGUCUGGUGGAGGUGUCGCCUUUGGUGGAGAUCGCCACGAAUGCAGAUGACGAGAGCGCCUACGCAAGAUCCCCGCAACGUUCAACGCAUGUUAAUGGGGUCAGUGGACUGAACGCCACGGCGGCUGCACUGCCUCCGCCCUCGGAAUUCGGUGGAGGCAAUGCAUUCCUCAUGUUUCUCUGCCUGACCCUGCUGCUGCAGCACCGCAACACGAUCAUGAAAGCUGGCAUGGACUACAACGAGAUAGCUAUGCACUUUGAUAAAAUGGUGAGGAAACACGACGUUACGCGGGUUCUCAAUCAGGCUAGGCGAAUGUUCGUGGAGUACCUUAAGGCGCAUAGCAGCCCACAGCGCCAGAGAUCACCUAAUGGUUCUGUUUCCAAUGGAUCCACGGGGGCAAACUUGACUGCUUCGUUGCCGGCGUAAGCUGGUUAUAAUCCUACCCAGCUCUUGUAAAACCGUAUAAUUCCCACAGUUUGGUCUACCAGUUAAGGGAGGCAGCCUCCUGCGUAUCUUGCCUUUUUUAUGAUUUAUUAUUUAACUCAAACCUAAUGACAUUAUUUCGAUUUGUCAUUAGAUAUUAGCUUCAGAUAUCAAUGUACCUUUUUUCCAAAUGUAUUUGUUAGGCUCGUCUCCUAUAAAAAAAGAAUAUCACCUCCCGAUGCCCUCAUUUUAGAACUUAGAUUUCAUAAAAGCUUUACUUAAUAUAUCCUUAAACUCAAAAGUCGAAAUGGCUAAGUGGUCUUGCUCAAGGUAGACGGCAGCGUGUGUAACCAAAGUCUUCUUUUUUAUACGUAUACCGAUUUUGUACUUUCUUAUUUUAAAUUAAGCUUUUAUUUAUACUUUAUCAUAUAUGAAUGUAACUGCACCUAUUUUGGCCAAACGAUCAAAUGCGGAGUGUUUGGUUAAAAAUCACUUUAUUUCUCUAGUCUGCUAAAGCAUUCCAUGCUCUUGUAAAGGUAAUAUUUUAGGCUAAAAAACGCAGCUAAAUAUUAAUUUCUGCAAUUAAGUUGACGGACCUAUAACCGAACUAACUAUGAUCUUAUUAUCUUUAAACGUUCUGUAUCUUAUAAAUCUCCAAAUUUACUCGGAAAACAAAGUAAUUUUGUAAAUUAAAAUUGAAACCAAAUGGUAAAAGUUAACGAUGUAAACUUACGAAAACCAACUUUUAAACAAUCGAUUAAUAAACGAAUUCGAAAUAAAUAUAAAGCAUACAAUUUA